AUUUUAAAAGGAAUGUACAUUUGUGAUGACAAAUUCAAAUAAGAAGUGUUUUUAAAAAGUAGAUGACAGCAAACCUUUAAACCUUGGAAUCUCCUGAUUUAGCAAUUUGGAAUCAAUAAGAAGAAGUCAUUUUCAAAUAAAAAAAAGAGCAGAAUUCAGUAAUGGGCUGGAUGAGACUGAUAAAGGAAAGGGCCCACAGUACCUCUCAGGGUUCCCUGGAAGGGAGGGGCGCAGGCGUACUGCGGUGCUACAGAAGGUGGCACCAGCAGGUCCCGGGGCUCCAGGCACAGCAGCUCAGACCUGCACUCAUGCCGAGGACUCUCCAGAUCCUUUCCCUGCAAAGAGUUCACUGAGUGCAGACGCUAGCAGGUGUGUCUACAAUGUGGUUCCUGCCCUCAGGACCUCUCGGACAGACAGGGGCAGAGGCACCUCUGUGCUGGGGCCUGUGUUCCUCUUCUGCAAAUGUCAAGUGGGCAAGCUGGGACUGAACCUCAGGGCUGUGCAGCCCCUCAGCCUGGACCUUUCCACUGUAUCAACAUGCUGCCUCACACUCAUCUUUCUACCAGCAUGGGGUCAGUAAUAUUUAAUACAUCAGAGGUGUAUGAAAAACUCAUUUCGCCUGGAAGAGAGGUCAGAGAAGGCUACAGAGAGGAAGGUUUGCACAGGCGAGGCCUUGAGGGGUUGGGAGGCAGAGGGAAUGAGGAGAGGACUUCCAUAUAAAGAUUGAGGCCCUGGCACCUCGCUCCUGGUAGCCUGUCCCCAUUCACUCUGGUCACCCCUCUAUGGAGCAGUGUGCCUGGCUCAGUCAUCUCUGUUGAUGAUGUAAGCCUAGCAAUCUUCAGCCAAAUAAUGGCAACUGUGUAGGCCAACACCCAGCUAGCUCCUGGACCACUCAGAUGCCCAUCAACACAUAUGAGGCUGGGAUGACUUCUUCUGGGACCCCAGAAAUCCUCAGAUUUGCACCCAGUGCAAAUGGGCAUUUAGAUGGGAGCCUGUAGGUGGUCCCAAUUCUGUUCUUGGGAGCAGGAAUGAAAAGCAAACCUGUCAUGGGGAAGCUGGCACCUUCACUGGCCAUGCUGCCAGGGCUGGGCGUGAAGCUGCCUCCGGCCCCUGGAGAGGAGUAUGAGGGAAGGGAGGCGGCGGUGCUUUUUAUACACAGGAGCUGGAGGAGGGUGAUGGCAGCUUGGAGGAAGUCAUCACUACCAUGGUGUGGGGAAAUCUGGAAAUAUUGGGAAUGUACCCUUCCCCCUCCCACCGGAACCCCAAGCUCCUCAGCCCACUUCUUUCCAUCAGGCACCUCUGGGCCUCCCUCUAGAUGGAAGAGCCAAGUCCUGAGUCUCUGCUCAGAAGCUCACGAGGUUCCAUUUCUUUUCUCCAAACCUUCCCAAGACUGUAAUACCUCUUGGCAAGGAUGUGACCGAAAGUGGAUGAGGCAUACUGGGCAGAGCCGCACUACUGAUUUAUGCAAAACCAUUACUCCGGCAGCCGCCUCAUCCUCCCCCUUUCCAGCAAUCAUGUAUCCCAUUAGCCUGUUUGAUUGCCGUUGCUCACAAAGGGGCACCUUCGCUGAACCAUCUUCAAUGGCCUCUCGAUCUCUCCCCCGAGAGGAGCCGGCUAAUUUGGAAUGUGGUCAUGUGUAUGAAUCCGACACAGCCUCAGUCACAAUCGGGUGUCCUUUUUUUGUAGCUGCUGUUUAUGAUCACUUUGCCUUGCUUCUCUGGGAGCCAUAAUUCACGACAUACUGGAGAUAGUCUGGGCAUUCUUUUCUCCGUGAACCCUGGAUAGCACGUACACAAAUGGGCUAGCCUCUUCUUGGUGACCAGGCUAAUUCCUCAGUUGGUAGUUGGCUGCUGCCUCUCAUUAGAGGGAUUCCUUGAGUACUAUUUGCUUGACAAAUUUUCAAGAUUUUUAAAAGCAGAAGCCUCUGCUAAUUUUCCCAAGUUGGCCUAAAAGUCCACUGUGAACUGUAGCAGAAAUCGGGAAAAUUUAAUAAUUGUUGAUCAAUGA